CUCUUCACAUGAAGCCCUUGAGAAUGCUGGUUCUUGCUCGUCUAUCUAACAGCACACGUGUCUGCACAGGCAAGAGGGAAUGCUGGAAAGAGAAAAGAAAGGCUAAUUGAUGUUGAGAUUGCUAGAACUAUAGGCGAGUUUCACAACUCUCCAAAUUCAAUCCAUUUUGCCAAUUAAUCGUAAACCGAGUUCAUGGCUUAAUCUUAAUGUUCGAUAGGAGACAACAACUUAGCAAAGAAAUCAAUGUUGGUCGCUUUCUUCUGCAGUUAAACUUGGAAUUAAUCCAAUUCAUUCAAAUUUCAAGAACUGGGUUUUCUUCCUACCAUCUUUUAGUUCCACCCUUUAAGAGAUGGAUUGUCCAGCGUCAGACAAAAGGGAAGAUUUGGCUUUGAACCCUUUUGAGGUGGUUAAUGAAUGCCUUGCAAAGUGAUGGACCCCAUCAUGUUCAAAUCCAUCCAACCAUAUCCUCCCACCCAAUCCUUUUUUCACUUCUCUCACCCAAAUUCCUCACUCCCUGAGUAGUAUUUCUUGAUUUUGGCUUUCAGAGAUUGCUUUAGCUUAGUAGUAAAUAAUUCUUGUUUUCGAUGCCAGGAACCAUACAGGUUACAGUUCUGGAAUUCAAGGGUGUUUCAUCUUCAUCAAAGCCUUCUGCGAAAUCCCUGAAAGUUUCCAUGGGGAAAAGACAUUAUCAGACUUGGGACAAGGGGGAGUUCUCUUUCCCCAUUACAAAACUGCGUGAGAAUUUAGUUGUUGCUAUCCUGGAUGCCGGGGGAAAUGAGAUAGCUCAUGCAGAUAUUCGGACAAUGCAAAUCAUUGAGAAGGGAUCUUGGGACGAAGUUUUCUCCAUCAAUGGAGGUGGUCAUGUGCACAUGAAGCUGCAGUUCAUUCUCAGUGAGGAGGAGCGCAAACGCAUUCGCAGUGUGAGAGAAUCUGCAGUGAAGAAGAAACUUGAAUCCAAUCCCAACAUCAAUCUUAGACUCACAGAAAGCACUAGUUGUACUUAUGGUUCUGUAGAAACAUCCAGAGAAAUUGAACAGAAGGUCUCAGAUUCCCAAGAAGGGAUUGUUCACAUAGAUGUAGUGAGCCCGAAAGUUGAAGCCUCUCAAGCUGGUUUGUCUCUGAAUUCUGCUACUUCCUCUGCGAUCUCAGCCUACAAAGAAGGAGGAGGAAUCAUCAAACCUGCAUUCCCAGAUACUACAGAUCAAAGUCAAGGUGCUCCCUCAUCUCCCCAAUUACAUGAACAAGUACCAGAUGAGAAAAGCAAAAUGCGACCACUUGCUGAUAUAAGAUCAGACGUUCACCAAUGGGCUUCAUCUGAGUUGUUGGAAUCAGCUAUCUCAGGCAAGAGAAAUUUAGUUGUUUCCAAGUUGCAAGAUGAUCCUAUUCAAGAAUCUCGAAAUCAAGAACCAGUGGAGAAAACUCCUAGCAUUGUCCGGAAAAUCUCAGUUGCCUCCAAGUUCAAGGAUGAUUCAGUUCAAAAAACUGGGAAUCAAGAACCUUCAGUGAAAACUCCUAGCAACGUGAGGAAAAUGAUAAGUGCCUUUGAGAAUGGCCAACUUCAGCAGGAACGAAAAUCCAUGAGGAAAUCACUGUCGCUGCCAUCUGAGCUGAACAGAUUCAGAAAAGCUGGCCAGGUGGACAACCGGGAAUCAAAGGAGUUGACUUCAACUGUGACACCUAUCCCAUCAGGCUCUGGAGCAGCUUCAAGAGAACCAACUGUGAAAGAACUGGAAAUAUCAGUAGUUGAUUUAAUGAGGCAAUCCACUUCAAAAGCAGCAACUAGUUCUGGAAGAAUGCCUGAGGAACAAUCUCAAGUAACUCAGUCCUCAAACUUGCUGAAGUCUUCUCAAUCUUCAGUUGCAGAAGGAAGUGGAAGAGGAAGAGGAACUGGCUUGAAGAGCUCAAAAAUUAUUGACAUUAAAGUGGCUUCAAAUCCGAAACUGAAAUCACUAGAAUAUUAUAACGACGAAUGUUAUUCCACACAAAGCUCUGGUAUGUGGAUAUUUCCAGAUAACGCAAGACGUUUGUGUAUCACAACUGCAGGUAAGCAGGUUAUAAAAAUAGUAGGACAUCAACAUAGUGAAGCCAAAACCCGUGAAGCAAGUAAAGGUUCUUCAGCCUUAGAAAUGCCAGAUAAGAAUCAAAUACACGGAAAAGGACGUAAGAAUGAAAAGAAUCAGAAGAAAUAUGCCAAGCAUCCAGCAAGAGGACGUGGUAGCUCUCCAGAUGAUUCGUCUAAUGGACUCGUUGGACAGGUAAUAAAGGUUGCUGUUAUUUUGGCUUUUGGAGCACUAGUUUUUCUUACCAGACAAAAGGAACCACGGAAGAAGAACAGAGAAGGAAACGAUAAUCUCUUGUCUAUACCAGAUUACAUCGAUGAAAGAUCGUUCAAGCCAUGGCUGCAUCAACAAUGAAAGUCAUCUCUAGCUUUUCCCGCCAAGUUGAGGGCUCAGUUGAAGCCAUGGCUGCAUCAACAAUGAAAGUCAUCUCUAGCUUUUCCCGCCAAGUUGAGGGCUCAAUUAUAGCCAUCUACCGCUUGGUGAGACUUUAUCUUUGGUCGCAUAGUUUCAUGUACAACAGAAAACAUUAACUUAAAUCUGUGGCAAUCUCCCAGAUUCAUUAACUUGAUACUUUUCCCCUUCCA